UUACAAACCAAAGCCGUGACCCAUCACGUCUACCACCAACGAUGCUGUAGCAGUAGUUCAGCAUCUCCCAUCUCUCAUAUCCCUUACUCACUCACAUGGAGCGAAGUCGCGUUCAGGAAUGCUAGGGACGAGAAGGGAGCUGAGCGUCGCAAUACGCUCACUCAUCAAGCAGGAACUUGAAGCAAGACAAACGAUCGGACGGAAUCUUGCUUCAUACACCAUUUAACACCACCACCGCCUCGAUUGCCAUGGCUCAGUCACAGCCGCCGCCUGCGCGGCCACCGCUUCCUCAAUCUCAAGGCUCCUUUCAGCGUGAUUUUGCCGCGCCGAAUGGCCGACCUACCUCACUUGGACCUCAGUCCCCGCCGAUAGCCAUGAACUAUUCCGCAUCCUCACCUCAACCGUUCUCGCCUCAACAGUAUACUCAACCACCAGCUGCGAAAAGACCGAAACUUUCUCCCGAGGUUCAUUCUCCUUUCCCGUCUCAGAGCUAUCCUUCUACGCCAGUCACGCAGCCGCCAACCCCAGGCGCGAACGCGCAGAUGAAUGGUCCUACAACUCCUGCUCCACGGAGCGGUCUCAUGCCACCUCCACAGCGACCGACCGACAAAGCCGAAGAUCGGAACUACGAAGACAUCUUAUCAGGAACUGGAAUUAAUAUUGAAGAGGAAGCCAGGAUGCUUGUCAGGCCGGACUAUUUAGGUGGUGCUGUGCCGAAACCAUCUGCGCGGCAACAACCGGGAACGUUUGAUUAUCAGUCAAAUUCCUUUUCUCAAGCGGCUUCCAACGGGGCGGCCUCAGCAUCAAAGCCAGAAUCGAGCGGAGGUCAGGAUUCAUCUCAGCAAUAUCAGCCGACAGCGGAGGAACUAAAGCGAAGAGAGGAGGCACGUGCAGACUGGGAGGCAGCUAGGCAUAGCCAGCACCCUCUGUGGGAUCUGUUUUUGCUGGGCGGCGCGUUGAACGAGAGGAUCCGGAACAUCAGUAUAACUGAGCAUUUGAUUGAUCCGCAAUCAGGAGUGUUGGUGAAUACGCAGAAACAUGCCCCGCCACCUACUGUACGGGUCAACGGUUUAGAGGGGGCUUCGCGGAUCAUUGAUAAGGGCCAAGCCAUCCUGGAUACGGGCCAGAAGGGUGAACGGCUAUCGGAUAUCAUGAAAGUCAUCAGCUUGGCUACAAAGGCGCGCAUGACUGGUUUGGUCAGCGCAGCUUCGAGACUGGCGCUGGAACGGCAACUCCAUUCCAAAGGAAAAGUGCCAGAAGAAUGGCAGGACAUUGCUGUUCCGGUCAAAUCGGCCACGGACGUGCCUGAAGGAGCGUCCAGUCCUGUGGGCAGGUCCAGCUUGAAGCGUACAUACUCCGAAGCAAACUUGAACGUUGAAGUGGCUUCGGCGGAUGGAGGUCCUCCACGCCUUGUUGCAGUCUUGGACAAGACGUCUCAAUCGGAACGGAGUACUGAAGACAUGCGACGACAGAAACGACAGAAACGACGAGCAACUGCGCAGGCUGAGGGCACAUCUACGGGCGAAGCAACGCCGGACGCCGCCCUGGCCGCCGCCCUGGAGUCGGACAAGAAGACAACAAAGAAAGAGAGGAAACUCGCCGAGUCGAAAUUUACGGAACAGCAGCAACACAAGUCCGCCAACGAAGCAGCCCGGAUGGCCGUGUCUAGUAUGCUGGGAAGCCGGUUUGGAGGCAAAAAGGCGAGGACCUAUGACUGGAUGAAUGCCGGCAAGGGAGGAGCAGCAAGUCCAGCCACGACGCCCGGAAGGCCUCUGGGAUCAGGUUCAACAUCAGUCGUGGGCACUCCAACUCCAGAUCGGGGACGGGCAGCGUCGAAGGAGAAACACUUGGGUCAGUGGGACGAGGCCAAAGAUGCCAAAAUCCAGGCCCGAGAUGUAUUGCUUGUGCUGGAAAGCGACGGAAGAGCCCCAAAAUCCUAUGUGCGAGGCACUAGCCUGCCACGAAGCUGAUUGUUGCAUCUGCACUGGCAUUUCUAGAUAUGGUCGGUCACUGGAGGGAUGGGUCUAGGGCCGGGAGCAUCUUUGUUGCAUGGGCGACAGCAUGGAUUUUGUAAAAUAAAUAGGCCACAAAACGACAGUUCUUCCCAUGUGAACCUGUUCCGACCCGCUGACAACCUUGAAGUUAGCAAAUGGCAAUCCGAGGAAGAUAUGGCAACUACUCCGGUAGUAGCCAGCUUGUACACAGAGGUCAGGCUGAGCAGAUCCACUACUGGGCUACAUAGAGUUCAAAGACCUUUCUAUCCAUGCA